CCAUCUUUUUAAGGUGCGAACCUGCCACCCCUUCAUCUUUUCCGGCGAGAUCAAGAUGGCAUCUUCAGUGUCAACACUGUCUUUUGCAUUUUCCCGCCUAAAUUUCAUUCCAAAACCCUUACUGUCAUCACCUCUAAAAACACUAAAAUGGCAGAAGCAACUGCUUCUAACCGCCAGACACUCUCCCCUCUUUUCUUCUCCUUCCUCAUCGUUUUCCUUAUCUUCUCACUUCUCCACUAUAAGAAACUGCAUAUCUCCAAAAUACAACAAUGAAAAGGCGAUCCCCGUUGAAGAUUUGGUUGUUCUUGGGAUCGAAACGAGUUGCGAUGACACAGCAGCUGCUGUGGUCAGAGGUAACGGUGAAAUACUCAGCCAAGUUGUGUCUUCUCAGGCAGAUUUGCUUGCUCGGAAUGGCGGUGUUGAUCCUAAAAUGGCAGGAGAAGCACAUUCGCAAGUCAUUGAUCAGGUUGUGCAAGAAACACUUGAUAAAGCUAAUUUAACUGAGAAGGAUCUAUCAGCAGUUGCCGUUACAAUUGGUCCUGGCUUAAGCAUCUGUCUUCGUGUUGGUGUGCAGAAGGCUCGGAAAGUUGCUGGUAGAUUCAAUCUACCAAUUAUCAGUGUGCACCACAUGGAGGCUCAUACUCUAGUAGCCAGGCUAAUAGAAAAGAACUUGCAAUUUCCUUUCGUGGCCUUGCUAAUAUCAGGAGGACACAAUCUCCUCAUUCUUGCCCAUGAUCUUGGUCAGUACACGCAACUUGGGACAACAAUAGAUGAUGCAAUUGGUGAGGCUUUUGACAAGACAGCAAAAUGGCUUGGCCUUGAUAUGAGGAGGAGUGGUGGACCAGCCAUUGAGGAACUUGCAGGAGAGGGUAAUGCAGAAUCAGUCAGAUUCUCAAUUCCAAUGAAACAACAUAAAGAUUGCAAUUUCUCUUAUGCUGGUCUAAAGACUCAAGUGAAGUUGGCAAUUGCAUCCAAAAAUAUUGAUGCUACAAUUCCCAUUUCAUGUGCAAGUAGUCAAGACAGAAGUUCUCGUGCUGACAUUGCUGCCUCUUUUCAGCGAGUAGCAGUAUUACAUCUGGAGGAAAGGUGUCAACGGGCAAUUGAGUGGGCAUUGAAAAUUGAGCCUUCUAUAAAGUCUCUGGUAGUAUCUGGAGGUGUUGCAUCAAAUCAAUAUGUAAGAGCUCGAUUAAAUCAGAUUGUGAAGAACAAUGGCCUGCAGCUAGUGUGUCCCCCUCCCAGUCUAUGCACUGACAAUGGUGUUAUGGUGGCUUGGACUGGUAUUGAGCAGUUUGUUGUUGGAAGAUAUGACCCCCCACCACCUGUUAAUGAACCAGAAGAUUUUGUGUAUGAUGUGCGUCCAAGGUGGCCAUUAGGGGAGGAAUAUGCUGAAGGAAGAAGCAAAGCUCGCUCAUUGAGAAGGGUCCGGAUUUAUCCAUCUCUCACAUCUCUUGUACAGGCAUCUCUUCAACAACAAUGAUAGUGUUAAAACAGUAUCACAAAAUGUGGGUAAUCAGUUAAUAGAUCCAAGAACCAAACCCCAUCUGUGGAUUAUACAUAUCUCGAAUGUUGCAAUGAUGUCUUCUUCGCUUAACCAAGUGUAUUAGCAAAUGGAAUAUGUUUGCUUGGAUGGCAGUGGUUCAGAAGAUGAAGAUGGGCAUUCCAAGCAGAGUUGUGAAAUAAUCGACUUCCUUUUUCACUUUUUCUUCAUUCCCCUUUUGCAGAUAUUGUAAUUUAAAUUAAAAUGUUGUCUUCCGU